CUGAUUAUAGGUCUAUUCAUUUCGCCAUGUGGACUAAUUUGUGGACUAAAUAAUCAUUUAUAGGAAGUUGAAGUUCUGCAAGGAGUUCAGUCUUUGUUGAAGAGAACUCUGGAACAAACUGUUGAACAGAUCAGGUAUUGUCCUGAAAAUUAAUUGGACAGAUUUCAUAUUCUCACUUCGGGGUUGCUGAGGCGGUUCUGUGUCAUACUAUACCCAAAUUUAGGGCGUAAACAUUAUUAACAGUUGUAUUUUUUUUUAAUCUAGGCUGCUGAGGUCUGCAAAGUACUAUCUUGAGAAAGACAUGAGAGACAAGUUUUCUGCACUGUCAAUUGAUAAAAAUUGUACUGAAUUGCAUAACAGAUCUCCUGAUAUCUACUUCACAGAUCAAAGUGCAAAAAUUGAGGGAAAGUAAGUGAUGUAUUUGCUUAACACAUUGAGUGGCAGCACUCUCUCCUUGACGAGUAAAAUUGUCUUGCAUUAGACAGAUAAUAAAGUAGGGUGCAAUUGCUACCUAAUUUAAAGGGUUAAUUAACCUUCUAGUUGUCCUGCAAUACUGAUUUUCUAUCUAGCCAUUAAAGUAAUUGCAUUGCAGUUAGGCGAUAAUUGAUUCCUUUAAUACUAGAGACAGAUCAUUGUCUGUUGCCCUAUCUAAAGGAAUCCAAGACAAAGUCGGGUUCCUGAUCCUGACUUGUGGGUUCCUGAUCCUGACUUGUGGGCUCCAGAUCCAGAUUUGUAGAUUCCGACUCGUGGAUAAUCUGUAUUCCAUCCUCAUGAAAGCCAUGUUAAAAUGCCAGUAUUAUAAAACGUGCCUGCACAAAUUCAAAAUGUGCCUGCGGGCGAUGCUUGUAGACUCGCAUAUUUUAGUGAUGCAUGAUUAAUAUCCAAUACUAAUUAAAGAGUACAAUCGUCUAGCAUGUGCCCCAAGCAAAACAACAAAUGAAAUAGCAGGAUGCAUAGCACCAUAAUAAGUUAAUUUUUAUUGCAUUAAACUUGAAUUUUUUCAUUCAUAGCUCAGUCACACCAGGCGAAUGGCAAGAAUUUUCUGACAAGAAUGUCUUGAAAGCUGAGAGGGAAAAGAACGCGGCGAUCAACUUGCGAAGUGUUGCAGACGGUGUCCUCAUGCAGACUUACAAUGAUUUGAAGAAACAAUUUGAUAUUGUCAAUCUCGCAUUUGAAAACAGAAUUGAGGAAAUGGGAAAGGCAAAGACUAAACUGGAAACACAUUUGAUCAAGGUACCUGAAAAUUUCCAUGAAUGUCUACAAUUCUAUGUAAGAGCAAAACAAUUUUAGGGAAAUUGAACUACACAGUGUUGAGCAUCAAACUGGAAACACAUUGAACAUCAGCGCUCUGAGGAUCAAUUGACAAGUAAAAUCGUUUGGCAUAUGUUGGACAGAGUAAAAUAAUAAAGUAGGGCACAUUGGGGCAAUGCAACUUAAUGGGUUGACCUCACAAACUGACAACCUAGCUUGAAUAGCGUGGAGUAUACUGGGUCUAGCAAUGGCCUUUUGAUCUAUAUAAUCUGUAUUUCUUUUGCUUUAAGGUAAAGGAGGAAAUUGGUGAAAUGGAAGCAAACAUUGACAAAUUAAAGCAAGCCAUCUAUGAAAAACAAGCUCCAAUGAAAGUGUCCCAAACCAGAUCAGACCACAGAACACAACGUCCAAACAUUGAGCUUUGCCGUGACCCUGUUCAAUACCGUCUCAUUAGCGAGGCGAAUGAAAUAAAUGUCAAUGUUACACGAUUGCAAGAAUUAUUAGCUGAUGCCGAGAGCUCACUGAAAGGCUUGAUUCGUAAUCAAUUGUCGCUUGAGGAAGACAUUGAAAUAAAGAAGAAAUCAUUAUAUAUUGACCACGAUGUUUGUGUCGAACAUCGUAAGCAUAUUCAAUAUGUUCGACGUUAGAUGGACAUUGAUAAUGAAACACUACAGUUUUAUGAAUGUAAUUUGGAGGGAGAAUGUUAAUAAUAAAACAGCUUAUUGUACAUUUUACACUUGUCAUUGCAUUGUUUUGUUUGGUUUUACAACCUGGGUGUAAUACUACCAACUAUAUAAGGAAAAAUUGUUUCUUAGCCAUGGAUGUUUCCUGAAAGGUAGGCAAACAGGAAACAUUGUUUCUUAGCCAGGUACUGUUAGCAAACCAGAAAACAUUGCUUCCUAGCCAUGUUUCCCAAUGGUGAACAAACCAGCAAAUGUUGUUUCCCAGCCAUGUUUCAAUUGAUUAUCCAUCUGAAUAUAUGUCAGUAGCAUUAUUUUCAUGAGUAAUUGUCAGUGAUAAAUAAUUGUUAUAAUUGUGUUCGGAUACAAGCAUACAGCCAAUUGCAGUUGAGUUUGCAGCUUGCAUUUUAAACGCGUUGUUAUAUCGUUGAAAAGUAUGCGAUCAUUCCUUAGAAACACGCCGUUGCUAGGGGCGUAACGUGAACUUUUGGCGGGCAUUGUUGAACUUCUUAACGGCGUGCAAACAAACAUAUAAGUCGUAUAACGAGUUAAAUAUAUUGUAAAAACGCUGCUUAAGCCUGCGACGGAACAGUAAGGUAUUUUUAGAGUGCCUGCAGUCAAAUUAGAACUCCUUGGUCGGUUUUGUGACAAAAUCUAAUUUAAUGUGACAAAAUCUAAUUUAAUUCGUCAAUGCCAAGAAUAGAAAAACAUGUUUACGUCGUUACAACGCGCGCCAAAAGUUCAC